AUGUCCUCCUCGGCCGAAGAAGAAGCCACCAUCUCGAUCCCUAGCCUUGCCUUCGUGGCCGUGCUGGGCUACUUUAUAUACCGAUAUUUCUUCUCCUCCAGCACGACUUCCGACUCGUCCUCGACGACGUCCUCCUCAACAUCCAGAGGCACGACGCCCGGCAUCCGCUUCACCCCCGCGCAAGUAGAUCAGAUAUCGCAGAUGUUUCCGCAGCUGAGCAGACGGGACAUCAUGUGGGAUUUGCACCGGAAUCGGGGGAGUGUGCAGGCUACGACGGAAAGGGUGUUGAUGGGUCGGGGACUGGAUCCCGCACCGCCGUCAUUCCAACCACCUCCCUCGUUCAUGACUACGUCGUCUGAAUCAACGGCAACGACUAUUCAAACAACAGUGUCCAAAACCCUUCCUCCCGAUUUGAUCACGCGAUAUAAUUUACAGACGAAGAUCAAUUCAAAGGGCAAAGAGAAAGAGGAGGAGUCUCCUCCGCCGGGCUGGGCAAGCAGUAAAGAUGCCCGGCAAAAGAUGUUGCAGAGGCGGCGCGAAGAGAUGAUUCUCGCGGCGAGGAGGAAGUUGCAGGAGAAGGGGGCGGAUCCCGAUGCCGAUGCCCCAGUCGUGCCACCAUCGUGA